GCAAGCGUAACUCAUUCGGCGCGUCUUGCAAGCCGCCUGGCGGGUAGACAUGCCUCCAGGCGCAUACAGAGACGGAGUAAGCACCCCUCAGCCCCGGACAUGGAAUGGGCGACAUACUGAGAAGCGAUCAUGACAGACUUCCGCAUAUCACCACGCAAUGCGGCAGCACAGAACUUUACAAUGCCCGCUCUGUCGCCCACCAUGACCGAGGGCAACAUCUCCGCCUGGCGGGUCAAGGAAGGCGAUUCAUUCUCCGCCGGCGAUGUAUUACUGGAGAUCGAGACAGACAAGGCGACUAUGGACGUCGAAGCACAAGAUGACGGUGUGGUAGUCAAGAUCAUGCAGGGUGAAGGCAGCAAAGGAGUCAAGGUCGGGCAACGCAUCGCGGUCACCGCGGAAGCAGGGGACGAUGUGAGCAGCGUCGAGAUUCCGGCAGAGCAAGCUUCAGCGAAAGCAGGAGAACCAGCACGGAAAGACAGACCUACGCCGCAGGAAGAGACUGCCGGCGGUCUCGACACCACGGAGAGCUCGCCAAGUUCCGCUGAAGCUCCGCCGGCUUCGAAACCACAAGCGGAUGCGGCGGCAGGUGGUGCCGCGGAUACUGCUAGCGCCGCUCAGUCAAAGGGAGGCAAAGCGCGGAAGCAGACAUACCCACUCUAUCCAUCCGUCGAGCACUUACUGCACACCAACGGUCUGUCGAAGGAGGACGCAGAUAAGAUCCCUGCUUCCGGACCGAAUGGCCGCUUACUGAAGGGUGACGUCCUCGCAUACCUCGGUCGUAUCGGCAAGGACUACCCAGCGCAGUCGUCUGCUCGACUCACCAAGCUUACACAUCUCGACCUCUCGAAUAUUCAGCUAAUGCCCAAGCCUGCGCCCAAGCUCGAGGCAGCGAAAUCCGAUCUGCCUCUCGAGCCGGAGCUGCCAACAGAGACGGAGAUUGCCGUGCCUAUAUCCCUUUCCGCUGUCAUUGCGACUCAGAAGCGCGUUCAAGAUACCCUCGGCAUCUUUCUUCCUUUAUCUACCUUCAUCGCUCGCGCGUCAGAGCUCGCAAACGAAGACCUGCCGAUCAGCAAAUCACGCAAACCUACCGUAGACGAUUUGUUCAACGCAGUGCUAGGCCUCGACAAGGUCGCAAAGUCCUCUCGUGGCCAUUACAUCCCCCAGGUGACUGGCUUGGCACCUAUGCCGCUUGCUGCCUCCCCUAGACCGGUGAAGCGGGACAUCAUCGACCUGCUGGCCCCGAAGCAAGCGACGAGGAAGGCACCAAGGGUAGUUCCUGGCGCUGUGGGAGUGACUACGGGCUCAAACGUCUUCAGCGUCACUGCCAAGCUAGGCGAAGAGCGCAGGGCUGCGGAGUAUCUGGAGAGGAUGAAGCUGGCUUUGGAGAAGGAGCCAGGUCGGCUAGUAUUGUAGAGUAUGCGCAUUUCCUUUAGCGUGUUCGCGAAGGGGUGAUUUGUGAGCGAGGAGUUUGCCGCGUGCGUCUAAGAAUAGAUGCAUUGUUUAGUGUUUGUACCAUAUGUCUUUCGCAGUCGACCAAUCUCCUCCUU